AGUUGCUGGUUGGAACUUGUCUGUGUUAGCAAAGUCUGUGUCCCUGGAGCAAGGGAAGGAUCAAAGCUUAAUGUGGGGCCUGGGCUGAAGACUCAAGAACAAUACCAAAAAAGAGAGACCACGGAUGUGAGCCUGGGACAGGCCAGUUGCUAGGAAAAUGGGCAUCAGAGGGGAUCAUAGCUGCAGCUGAAUGAGCAGCCCACGCCUCGUACCCUUUCAAGGGAGCCAUGGAUACGCUGAGUGGUGCCUGCCAUCAGAGGAGCACUGAGCCAGCACUGUGUAGAGCCAGCCCUGAACUUCGGUUGGAAAAGGACAGUGUGAAAGUGCUACGGCUGACGUUGCAGAAUGACCUUCCAGGCAAGGGACGUGAUCAGGUGAAACAAAAGCCUGUUGGAAGGGCCUUUGCUAUGGUGGCCAACAGAUCAAGUAAUGGCCAUUCACUGGCUUCAGAAUGCAUCAAAUCCAGUGACGGUCACGAGGAGAUCAUCAAGGUUUACUUAAAAGCAAGGGCUGAGGACAAGGUGAAGCAUGAACAGAAUGUCUGUCAGCUGAAAAGCGAAGUUCGUUACAUUCAAGAGGCUAGAAGUUCUUUGAAGAAGCUGCGGGACGAUAUAAGUAGUAAACUUGAGAGCAGACAAGGAGCUAAGACUAAUCUGCAAUGUGCAAAGGUAAUGUUCGAAAAACAGAAUGGAAUCUGCAAGCCAUCAGGGUAUUGCCAUAGGAACUCCUUGGAGGAUCAGGAGGAUGAUUAUUCAGGAGAAGACAUAGAAAAAAUUCGUGAGACCGCAAAGAGAUUUUUCACGAAACUGCAGGAGGCUGAGAAGCGGCAUCAGUCAGACAAGACCGCUUUUGAGAUGACAACCUCCCAGUACCAGAAAGAAAUAGAGCAAACCAGUGCAGCUCUGAAGAAGGCUGAGGAGGGCAUGGCCGAGAAGGAAGUGAAGCUGGAGGAAGUGCAGAGGCUCAUGUCAGGGAUGGAGAAGGAACAUCAGAGUUUGCUGCUGAAGAUGAAAGAAGGUGAAGCAGAGCUGGAGAAACUGAGAAACCUGCAAAAUGACAAGCUCGCCGAACAGGAUAGGUCGGCCAAACUGGAGAAGGAAGUGGCCACCUUGCGGGAGAAGAUACACCAUCUCGAUGACAUGCUGAAGAGUCAGCAGCGCAAAGUCCGGCAGAUGAUUGAGCAGCUUCAGAAUUCCAAAACAGUGAUUCAUGCGAAGGAUGUGAUUAUUCAGGAGCUCAAAGAGAGAGUUGCCUACUUGGAAGCUGAGAAUCUGGAGAUGCACGAUCGUAUUGAGCACCUGAUCGAGAAGCAAACCAACCCUGGCAGCUAUAGCACCAGAGCUCGCUCAAAAUCGGAGUCCGUGAGCAGUAAAAGGUUGGCGAAGCCCCUUGGACCCAAGCCCCUCCCUCUCAUCAGAGUGCUGGAAACAUGAGCUCUCCUGGGCACGGCUUCUGAACUGAAGAAACUCACCAUUUGCUACUGUUGACUGAACUUUACUGCCACCCCCUGUGCUUGCUGGACAAAUGGUGGGCAAUGCCUCCAGAGAACUGUAGUGCUUUAAGGGCCAAGCUGUCCCCUGGGGUGACUGGCAGAGCAGCAAGGUCUACUGAACUGACAUUUCCACACUGCUGUCCCCAGGGGCUUCCAGAGUCCAGCAGAAGCAAAUUUGUUGAGCAUGGUAUCUGAUGUGUCUGGGGAACAUCCAACCCAUGUGUGUAUAUAACAGACAGACCCACUUGCACUCAGCCCCAGAGUUAGGCUGACUCUCCCUGGUACAGUUUUUUACUAUUUCUUCCUUUGCUUAAGCCUGAAAUUGCUCUAUGAGCAACUUACGAUACUAUACGCCUUCUUUAUUCCUCAGUGGAAUCCUGCUUUUUUUAAUUGCAACUAACCAAGGUGGACUUAAAUUUUUAAUCUGUUUUUAAAAAAAAGAUCAGCACCCAAAAUCAUCAUCUUGAAAUCACACAGAUUCCCAUGUUUCUCCCCCAAUCCGCACCAAACCAGCGGACUCCAACUGAUGUCCUCUUAAGGUCUGGCUCCUCCCUCCUGUGGUCACCGUGAGUGGCUGUUCUUUGGGAUGCAUCCAACACAAGGCUUUUCAAUAGUCUGUUCCUCAGUAGCAGAGAGAUGAAUCUUAAGCAGAUCUGUGUAGGUAUAAAAAGAGGUUGUCCAGUUCCUACUUGUAUUUAUUUCAGUAAAUUAUUAGUGUCUUCAGAUUAGCUUGGAGACGAGCACAAGUGCUAAUGCCAUAGUUUUUAUGUAGCAUAUUUAGUGCGUGCGUGUUUUUUCUGAUUUCAGUGGAAGAUACCAACCGGUUUUUCUUCUGGGCUUGAAAGUUAUUAUAUAACUUGUAUGUGAUUUGAAAAGAAGCAGCCUUCUCUUUUUUUCUACAUCUCUGGCAGAGGAAAGAUGUCACAUGUAUCUCUAUAAACUAGCAAAGAGAGAGGCAGAACCAGUCCUGUAAAAGGUACCUAUUGAAUAACCUCUUUAGUGCAGAAAACCAUAUGCCUUACAUAGCUGUCCAAAUAAUCUGUAGUGGAUUGAAUAAAUUAUGUAAAUAGUG